GGCGUUCGAGAGAAGAUUCUAUCAUUUCUGAUAGUGCUGCUGCCGCUUUUUUAGAAAGGUACGCAAUUUCACUUGCCUGUGAAGCAGUAGUAAAGUUCUUCCUCUUUAUUCACACUAUUCUUUUUUGAAGUACAACCAGCAGAGCUUCGAGGCAGCGCAAUUUCGGUUGCAGAUUUUUCCGAUCAAUAAACUAUUAAAAAGUGGCUUUUCCAACCAGAAGCUAAAUUUUCCGAAUCUUGUUUUGGUUCUCACCGCAUUGAUUGAUACUCUGUCUGCUCCCUGAGCACAUCCUCUUUUUCCCGUUACCGAUAAAGAAAAGCUGGACCGCAGCCACUUUCUGUUAUUUUCGCGGUCAUGAAGAUGGACAAAUGGCUUUUCACAAAAAAAAAUCAUAGGACGAUGUGAAGAUAAAUGACACGAAGCAAGUACAACAAGUACUUGACGAGAAAUAGAUGGUACUUGUCAAGAACAAAUACUACAUACUGUUUUAGCUCCUGAGCGCCUUUUCGCCGGCUUAUCGUCGAAGACGCGUUUCGCAUUCAUAUAUGCACAUCUCGGAGUCUUAUUCGCGAUUACUGACUUAGUCCUGUUUUUUUGAAAAUAAAGAAAGUUUGUUUGUACUCGAAGGUUUUGAUGUCAAUAGUAGAGCUAGCAAAAGUAGUAUUCAAACGCUGAGAAUAUAGAAUCCAAAAUAUUUAUGCUUAGAAUAUAGAAAAUUAUAGAUAUAGACCGUAUUGUUCACUACAAGAAAUAAAGUUUGUUUGUAUCCUAGCAACAUAAGGCGAAAGGUGAAAGGUGAAGACGUUCACCACCAGCAGACCGCAAGAAUUUAAUCACGAAAAACUUCGCUCUCAUUUCCUACCUCAUUCUUAUCGUGCAUUCAAAUCUGUAAUGCUAUUUUGCCUCUCGGCACAGAAAUGCCCUCUCCUGCUUCUAGAUCUUGCCUUUCCUCCCUUCUUAUUCUUAUCGGCUUUUCGAACUGCAUAGCAUGCUCCAUUCCACAGGCAGAUUCUUACGUGCAAGGAAAACGCGAUCUUUUAGAUUUCUAAAAGCGAUAGUAGAAAUAGAAUUUUUAUUUUUGUUUUUGUUUACUUCAAAUGCAAUUAAGAUGUAUCUCUAUUAAUAACAUUGUUGAUACUUAAUCCGGAUAAACAAGCGUGAUCUAUCAUUUCUAUGUACUAUCCUAACCAGAUACUUUCCCUUGGGUUCUUUACAACCACUUUCCAAAAUAUUUAUUCGAUCGCCUUUUUUCUCAAUCCUCUGAAGAAGUUUUUUACCCGUCUCGCCAAACGGAGCGCAAAAGCUCUUUCCACGUCCGAAAAAGAAAGGGGCGGAAGUCAGGAACGAAAAGGAGAACGACGAAGUAGACCACCGGGAGAAGAAAAACCAGCAUCAAGAACAACCGAAUCACAAUCAGAAGAUCAUCAUCAUCAUCCACGGAAAAAAAAUUUUACGGAGGCUCAAGAACUACAAAGUAAGACUACUGCAGCUUCGAAAAAGCAGCAAGCGUCUUUAUUUUCGGCAGGUAAGAAAAACAUAAGUGAAAGUAAAGGAAAGCUCAGCAGCGCCGGUUAUUAUUUCCCACCUCCGACCACGUCUGCGGAAAAGGAAAAGCACACGAACACCACCAACAUCAUGCCGGAGGAUAUGAUUCAGCGGCUGAUGCCCCCGCGGGCGGCUCCGGAGAACCAGGCCUCGUUCAACAGAUUGCGGUUCGAAAUGGAGGACGACUAUCAUGUGCAAAUAUGUCUGGGUCUGGAAAGGUGGAACUUGUGUUGCAUGUCCUGCAUUCCUGAAAAAUCUGUAUUGCAUAGCCACCAAACGUGCGACUCCUUUGUGAUGCAAAAACGCAGCUUGUCAUGCGUGCUACGCAUCGGACGGCGCCAACUAAACUUGUCAUGUGAGGCUGCACUUGAAAGCAACAGACUCAUCCAUGCUUUAGCAUCACAAGUUUCCAAGCCCAGACACAUUUGCAAUUGAUAACGACUGCGACGACCUGAUUGACUCCAUCAAGGCCAUAUCAAAUGUAAAAAUGUCUGGGUCUGGAAGAAUGCAACCUGUGAUGCUGCGUCUCCAUUAUCCAAAAAUCUGUAUUGCAUGAACAGCAAAAGAGGUCUGGCUUUGGCCACGGCGAGAGGGCAUUUCUCAUGCGGUAUAGGCAUCAGAAGGUCCUCACAAGGCCUGUGAUGCUAGGGCAUGCAUCGCAGACAUCAGGAGUCACGCAAAAUGUGCAUGACAAACCUUGCAUGCUUCCAGACCCAGACAUUUUUGCAUUUGAUAGGCCAUGCACACCAUGUGUCGCGGCCCCAAGACGUCCCAGGAAGACCUGCAGCUGGUGCUGAAGGAGUGCGAGGAGGACGACGAUUUCUUGAUCGACGAGGAACAUCGUUCUGAACGGAAGGCUAUCAAAUGCAAAUAUGUCUGGGUCUGGAAGGAUGCAACUUGUGAUGCUGCCUUUGGAUUCUACAAGAAUCUGUACCGCGUGAGCAGCAAGAGAAGUUCAGUUUUUGCCAAACAGAGGGGGCAACAUUUCUCAUGCGGUAUAGGCAUCAGGAUCAGGAAGCGCUCGCAAAAUCUGUGAUGCUGGGGCAUGCAUCACAGGCAUCAUGGAUCAUUCAAAAUGAGCAUGAGAAAUCUUGCAAUCUUCCAGACCCAGACAUAUUUGCAAUGCAUAAAGGACCAACACGACCAACCGCACUCGACGCGCAAGGCCUCGCCCACCGAGGGAUCGCUCGCCGACAAUUCGACGCAUUUCGACACUUUAAACAGCACGCGCGCCAGUGUGCUGAGCGGGGUGCAUAUCGUGAGGAAAAAGUGUUACAGUUACACACUCUGCGAUGCAAGACACGCAAGACAGACAACCUCUGUCAUGCCGGAAAUGCUUGCCAGCCACCUCAUUUCGUACGUGCGUGUUUUCGUUUAUGGUCUGCGCUUUACAAGUUUUGUUUGCCAUGCAGAGCAACUCUGUGAUGCUGAAACUCCAACAAAUGUGUAACUGUAACACUUUUUCCUUCGCAUAGUGCAGCUCUCCUCGGCAGGGGUGAGUCCGGCGGCCUCGGCGCUAUCAAAUGUAAAAAUGUCUGGGUCUGGAAGAUUGGAACUUGUGAUGCUAACUUUGGACUCUAAAAAGAUCUGUAUUGCAUGACCAGCAAUAGGAGCCCAGUUUGUGCUACGCGAAAAGGCAUUUAUCAUGCGGGAUAGGCAUCAGGAAGGCCUCUAAGAAUAUGUGAUGCCAGAUCAUGCAUUACAGACAUCCUGAGUCAUGUAAAAUAUGCAUGACAAACCUGGUAACCUUCCAGACCCAGACAUUUUUGCAUUUGAUAGGCGCACUACAGCUACCACAGUACUAUAUCAAAUGUAAAAAUGUCUGGGUCUGGAAGAAUGCAACUUGUGAUGCUGAAUUUGUAUUCCAAAAAAAUCUGUAUUGCAUGAGCAGCAAAGGAAACGUAAUUUUUGCUACGCGGAAAGAGCAUUUGUCAUGCGGUAUAGGCAUCAAGAAGCCCUCACAAAAUCUGUGAUGCCAGGGCAUGCAUCACAGACAUCAUGGCUCAUGCAAAACGUGCAUGACAAGUCUCAGAAUCUUCCAGACCCAGACAUUUUUACAUUUGAUACACGACUACCCAUAG